GAAGGCAAAGGAAGAAAAAUGAAAAGUUGAGGGGACAAAAUCUCAGUUUGAGUUCCCAUAGCUCAUAGGCUGUCACUUUCAAAUUCAAAUCUACAUUUGAUAAAUAAGAAAUGAUAGAUGCAAUGUGUAGCAAUAAUUCCAUCGAAUAAACAAUUGCUCAACUUCAUAAAACCUCCACUUUCCCGGUUGUUACCUCAGGCCCAAAUCCUCGUGCGCUUAUCUCCAUUUGUCUCUCUCUCUUUACUCUCUCUCCCACACAACACACACUAUUCAAACAUUUUUCGGUGUCCCUUUAUAUAUGAAUGCAGUUGGUGGUGGUAACCCUCAAGAUAGUGAUAGAAGCGGAGGAAAAUUGAGUCUUGAAGAGCCCACUUAAAUCUUUUUCUGUCAUAUAGUUCAAUAGCGUCAGUGGUAACUAGUGAAACAGAGGGAGAGAAGCCAAGAAAGACUGGAGAGAGAGAGAGAGAGAAGAAAAAUUGGAUCUUGAUUGUGUACUUGGGUUUUCGUUUCAUAUUUCUCAGUGCCAUUUGAUGAUAUUGCCUUCGUUGGAUCUGGGCAUUCUUGAUUUUCCCAAGAGGUUAAUUUGAAUUCUUGACAGUGAACUUGAGAAGAAAGGAGCUAAUUUGAUCGUAUUCUGAUGAAAGAAAGGGACAUUGUCAUUGACAUUAAGAGCUGUGUGGAUAGGACCAAGAAAGCUGGAGAUCCUGAGUUUUCAGAUGUUGAGGUUGGAAAUUUACCUUCCUUCACGGUCUGUGGUAUGCCUACGAGCGCAGAUGAGUUAGCCGACUGCGAAAAUUCAGUGAGCCCAUCGAGCAAUGUGAAAAUUCUGGGUGGAAUUUCUCCAGAUUCAGGGAAGAAAACUAAGAAGGAAAAGCGGUUCUCGAUGAGUGCUAAAAAGCCACCUAAGCCCCCACGCCCUCCGAGGCGAUUGUCGCUGGACGCAGCUGAUCAAAAGUUGAUCAAAGAGAUUUCUGAACUUGCCAGGAUCAAGCGUGCCCGGAUUGAGCGAAUGAAGGUGUUGAAGAGAAUGAAAGCGGCAAAGGUGUCGUCGGCUUCGGCAUCAUCAAGUGGCAACUUGAUAGCUAUGCUCUUCACCAUUCUAUUUUGCAUUGUGAUCAUUUUUCAAGGUUGCCACCCUUUGGGAAUUUUGCCAAGGAACAGCUCGAGCAUUGGCAUUCUUGGUUCGACAAAGUCAAAUGGAGCAACAGAAGGCAAUAUUGUAAUCAUUCACGAGCAAUGGAACAUAUCCGCCAGUAGUGUGCCAUUAUCUGGUGUCGAGUCCCCUAGCCUAACGGAGCUAAUUCCAGGUUCGGUUUACAAGGACGCUGGGGAAAAAGCUACCAAUUGAUACUGUUUUCCUGUAAACAGUCGUAAUGAUGGCCGGUCAUAAUAUCUGCUUUAAUCCCUGAAGAAAUGCUGAAGAAUUACAGACUUUAAGGUUGACAAUAACACCAAACAGACAAGUCUUCACAGUUUGAUUCGAGCCGUUUUAUUGCUGGUCACUGUGGAUCGAUGAUCGCGCUUUGAUAUGGAAACUCAAUAUAAUGCAGACUCAUUUGUACAGUAAUGAAUACUAAAAGGGUAUUCCAAAUAAACGUGAGAACUUUAUGCUGUCUUAGCUAUAACAAUGUCAAGCUGCUGACUCUGCAGCUGUUGUGCUCGCUUUGUGAUGGUUUCCCUUGUAAAAUUCUAGACAUGGAGCAUAGAUGUGGCUUCUCACAUUGACUUUGUGUUAAUUAUAUGAAACGUUCUGGUCAUUUUGGAGUUAGUUGAAGACUUUGCUACGUGGUUGAGACCACAUGCGUA